AUGGCGGGGAACCGGGACGGCAACGGCACCCAGCCCAGCCCAGCCCAGCCCAGCCCCUGCCCGCCCCUCAAACCUGCUAAACAGGCAGCGGGGCGCGGCUCUGCGGGAAGCUGGGUUCUCUCCACGUCGCGGCUGGGCGCGGGAAAGGCAGAACAAAACCAGGGAGGUCACACUAAGCUCACAUUUCCUGCCCAUGCUGUUACACAAGUAAAAGAGGUUCCUAAAAGCCCAAUUCAAGUGUCUGGCAGGACGGGAACAGGAGAAGCAGCUCCUCUGCCUGGAACUGCCUGGAAUGGGUAUUUGAACAAUUUUAGACAUGGGACCACAGCAGGCAGCCAUUUGUCAAAUGCAACAACAACCACUGCUGCCUUGCUGGAUGCUGCCAAUUCGAGUGACUAUCUGUAUGAGUACUUGGACGAGGAGGAUUACAAGCAGUAUGGCCUCUGCAAAAAAGAAGAGGUACUCUCCUUCAGCAGAGUAUUUUUGCCAUCUUUUUAUACUGUGGUCUUCCUGGUCGGGUUAGCCAGGAGUGCCCUCCUCUUUAUUGUUCUCAUUAUAUGUCUCAUUAUCAAGAAGAAAAAGAUGAUGACCGAGGUGAUCUAUCUGCUGAACUUGGUGGUUUCAGACUUCUUCUUGCUACUAACCCUUCCUUUCUGGGCUCUGUACAUUUCUCAAUGGGUGACCUGGGACGUAUUGUGCCCGGUUUUAAAUGCCAUGUACACUGUGAAUUUCUACAGUGGUAUCUUUUUUGUGAGCUGCAUGAGUCUAGACAUGUAUCUGCAGAUAGUUCAUGCUUGCUCUCCUCAUAGCUCCAUGACAUGGAGGAAGUCCAUCCUCAUCUUGUUGGUGGGAUGGGUCCUUUCCAUACUUCUCUCCAUUCCUGAUGGUCUCUUCACCAGCACAACGUGAAUCCACGACAAAACCAUCAUGUGUGCCCAUGAUUAUGGCCAGAAUCACUUAUUUUGGAAAGUUGUCUUUCGGGUCGUGCAAAACACCCUGGGUUUCCUUUUUCCCUUCCUCUGCAUGAUGUUCUGCUAUUCCCGCAUAGCCUGUGUCCUCACUAUGUCUCAGAUGCCUGGCUCAAAGGGAGCACUCUGCUUAGUCCUUACUCUGGUGGGUGUCUUCUUUGUCCUGUGGUCCCCUUACAACAUUGUCCUCAUCCUUCACUCCCUACAAGAUGUUGGCGUGAUCAGGAGCUGUGAAAGCAGUAGGCAACUAGACUAUGCCAUGCAAAUCACAGAGAGUUUGUCCUUUGUGCACUGCUAUCUUAACCCCUUUCUAUAUGCCUUUGUGAAAAAAUGGUUCAGGUUAUAUUUAUGGAAGAUCCCCCAAGCCAUUUUCAGGAGAAGAGCUUUCUUUGACAUCCACCCUUCAGAGACAAGCCAGUCUUGCAGCAGAUACGCAUCUGAGAUAGAAAUGUUGAAUAUCACAAAUGCAUGAUAUUUACAUUAUUUACAUUUUGUGUAUGCCCUCUCUACUGUAUUUUACUGGUUGUGGCCAUGCGAUGGAGUUGGUGCGCAACCAGGUAUUUCAUCCUAGCACCAGCAUCAAGUUGAGGAUUUUCCACGUUGGGAUUGGAAAAGUACGUGGGAGAUUUGUUUCUGUUGUAACUGGUAUUAUUAUAAAAGGAUUGACCAGGGUUUAUGUUUGUGGAAGCCCAUCUCCUGUCUGGAGUAUGUGAGGCAUUAGUGAAUGAAGGAGCAGCCUGUCUAGAUGUUGUGCCAUUAAAAUGCAAACUGAAACGUGUGCAGAACUUCUCCCCUCUUAGAUCCCAAAGGGUCUGAAGGUUCUGGUGGUGGAGAGCCAUCCUGUCAUCCUCCAGGUCAUGCUGUGGGCUGGGGAAUGGAUUUGCCACACUCAUCCAUCAGGCCAGACACAGGUGGCCUGAAGCCCAGCCUGGGGGGUGGCUUUACUUCUCCUGGCUUUCACUAUCUGCCAGGUAGAUGUGUUCAACCGGGCUCUUCCCUUUGUCUACCAGGAGAGGCAACGUGAGGAAUUAGGCACCUUUAAAUGGAGCUGUCUGACCAGUGAUGGCUUUCUCUGUUGUGAAGAGCUGUAUCAUGCUCAGGUCUCCUGGGCAGGAAACUGUGUCAUUCCAAGGGACAGAUCCUUGAUUAGAGAUCAGUUUGAUCAGCAACAAAGUGCAAACCAGUAACAAGCAGUGAGAAAGAGAAAAAAAACCAAUUAUGCAUAGCAGAACAGUGGUGGAAAUAUUUGCCUUCUCAAAGAUCUGUUUUGACAAGAUAGAAAGAUCCAUGGAUACCAUCUUUAAUAUAAAUAUUGCUUUGCAACACCCCAGAGUGAGAGCAUGGCCUUGAACAUAAAAGCACAUAUAGCUGUUAGCCAAUCCUUAUUAGCCAAUAUAGCCUUAAAGUUCAAAGUUAUUAGUUUGCUGACCUUUACUUAAAGGUACUAUUCACCCCAAAUACUCUUAAACCUUAAAUGGACCCUUUCCAGUCUGGAGAGCUAUUAAACUUGGGAAUUACCUAGAAUUGUAAAAAUAAAAUCAAUAAUUUGAAAGAAAACACUCAUCACCUUAAUUUCAUUGCUAGACAAGAUGACUGGACCAAAAAGGGCUUUGAGUUGAUCAAGAAAGGUGGAUUGUUUUCACUGCUGUUGUUUUUCUUGCCAACUGUUUCCAAAAUGGUAGGGCUGGGAACUUUCAAAAAAACAAACAAACAAAAAACUCAACAAAAACAACAAACCCAAAGUAAAUAUUUAGCUGAUGCUGUGAUGUGUCCUUCACUGCAGGGGUCAGCUCACUGGGAGAGAAUGUGGAAGGAGAGAGCAGCUGGGAAAUGAAAAUAAAAAGGAAGAUUGUGAUCCCGUACAGAGUAGGGCUCGUGGGAUUGUGCAAACCUUAUGAUGGGAUGCUCAGGGGAAGGGCAAAGGUGGGGGAAAUGGCGGGGGGAGAAGUAUAAAAGGGGCUGGUUGUGUGUAAGCAGCAUUCCCCAUGGAUGCUCACAGCAGUUUGUCCUAUCGCCUUAUUAAAUACUUUUUCUUUCACUACAUCUUUUCACAUAGAGAGUGACAAUCUCACUCUCUGUCCUGCAUGAGGGUGCUGUGAGGUCCAAGUGCCAGUGGCUGGGGCCAAGGCUGUGUAGAUCAGGGUGGCAGCACCUUGCUCGAUGGGGCAUGGGGUCCCUGGCAUCGUCC